AUGAGUUCCCUGAGAGCCGCCGUGAUCGGCGUAGCGGCGUUCUGCGUUGCCAGCGUUGCUUACGAGGCCUUCGUGUCGCCAGCGGCUCGACCCGCACCUCUCGUCGCCGCUAAGUCGGCGGCGUCCUCGGCACCACCCGCUGCGGCCGCUGGUUGGGGCCUGGCUGCUGCAGGACUUGCUGUGGGAGCUCACGCCGGGCUGGCGGUGGCCUUCCGCGCCCGCGCUGCGCGCCAAGCCGAGACCAAGCCGGCAGAGAAGUCCAAGUACGUCGAGACGGUCGCAGACGAGCGCCUUUUCGAGCAGGUCUACCUGCAGUACACCUCGGAGUACCUCAAGGGCCCGCUCUACUGGCACCGG